UAUAUUGAUCCUAAAGUAGCUUUGUAGAUCUCUUCGUGUCUUAAGUGGGGUGAGCAUGAUACCCUCGUAAUGAAUUUUCUAGUGCUACACAUAAGUUUCUUGCAUGCUUUGACGGAGUCACAAUCUCCAAAUUGUCUAGGAGGUAACUAGCACCGUAGCACCGUUGUCUUGCAACUCAACCAUCUAGUGUCACUUAAUACAAUCAUUUAAUGUAACACACUAUAAAUUGGUGUACCAUCUAGUGCCACUCCAUACAAUCACUCAAUGCAACACAUUAGAAAACGCUAUCGCGGAUGUUAUCUCUAUCAAACGUAUAUGAGUAGAGGUUUAAAGUUAGGCAUAAGACUUGCCGACGAGGUGGCCGAACAGCGGUGGCGGCCUGGCCAUAAAUUGGCAGCGUUGGUAGCAUGUAUUGAUGUAUGUAAGGAGAAUGAAGCUGUAUGUGGGGAUGGAUCUGUCUGUUUUUUUUUAUAAAAAAAAUCAGGCUAGGAGGUGUUUUGGAAAUACGUCGUAGCUGGGAGGGGAUAAAUGCAAAACAGCAGGUCACCACACCACAAGACGGAGAUCCAAUGGCUACGGACUCUUAGUUUUUUUCCACUUCUGGCCAUCGAAAUCUGUUGGAUACUGUCAACGUCUAGCUUUUCGGUCUAUAAAAUCAAUGUGAACCCAAAAUCGAUCAAGUAAUUGUGGUAAUAGAAAAUCGUCAUUUUCAAUAUCAUAAAUUGUGGACUUUUUUAUCUUUCUACACACGUAAUUUUCAUAUACUCAGAUUAUUUUCAUAACCAAAAUUUUAGAAAAGCUCAUCGGGAAAAACUGAAUCAAAUGUCCAUGGACACAAAAUACGUUACUAUUAUAGAAAGCCUAAUAUGUUAAUACUAUUACGGAGAAACCAUUUAAACGAAUUCUAUAACAACAAAAUAAGGUCAUGUUUGAGUUAACACAACUAAUAAAUUGUUAGUUGGAGCUAACGAACUAAUUGUUAGCUAAAGUAUUAACUACUAGGCGUUGGAAUCUCUGCCGCUAAUUUCAGCCGCUAUCUAUCGGCUCUAGUUUCAAACAGGCCUAACCGAAAGUCCAUUUCGUCCCCAAAAUUUCGAUUUUCGAAACCAAACCAAACCACUCUCCUACUACAGCUCUCGGCCUCCCUCGCGUUCUCUCCAUCGAACUGGCGAACUGCUCCUGCUCGUCUCUUCCCACACCACGCAUUUUGUCGGGAUUCGGGAACCCUAUCGCCGGAUCUUCGCGGCGGCGGCGGAAAUGGCGAAUCCCCUCGCGGGGCUGCAGGACCACAUCAAGCUUGCGCGGGAUUACGCGCUCGAGGGCCUAUACGACACCUCCAUAAUCUUCUUCGACGGCGCCAUUGCUCAGAUCAACAAGCAUCUAACUACUUUGGACGAUGCUUUGGUUCGUACGAAAUGGAUGAACUGCAAGAAAGCAAUCUCUGAAGAAGUGGAAAGUGUGAAACAGUUGGAUGCUCAAUUAAAGUCCCUUAAAGAAGCUCCUGGGACGAGGCGGUCCUCAUCACCUCCUAUUCGCUCCAAUAAAUCAUUUGUUUUCCAACCGUUGGACGAGUAUCCAACAUCUUCACCAGCUCCUUUUGAUGAUCCUGAUGUGUGGGCUCCACCAAGGGAUACACCGACCCGAAGACCAACAAGAGGUCAAUCUAGUGCAAGAAAAUCCUCCCAAGAUGGAGCCUGGGCACGUGGUUCAUCAAGGACUGGAACACCUAGCCGAAGCUCAAAACCUAAUGGGAGUAAAGGAGGCUCUGUGGUUAAAUCAUCAACUGCCUCUAACAGUUCUGUAAGGAAAGGAAAACCAAGUUCAAGCAAGGCUGAUUCAGCGGGUAUUCGUCGACCUUGGAAAGGAGUUCUUAUGUUUGGUCCACCAGGCACGGGAAAGACUCUUUUGGCAAAGGCAGUGGCUACAGAAUGUGGAACAACAUUCUUCAAUGUUUCCUCUGCAACAUUGGCCUCUAAAUGGCGCGGCGAAAGUGAGCGCAUGGUUCGUUGUUUAUUUGAUCUUGCGAGGGCCUAUGCUCCAAGUACAAUUUUCAUUGAUGAAAUUGACUCCUUAUGCACAUCACGUGGAGCAUCUGGUGAACAUGAGUCGUCAAGAAGGGUGAAGUCUGAACUUCUAGUGCAAAUUGAUGGUGUAAACAAUAGCUCCACCACUGAAGAUGGUCAGCCAAAAAUUGUUAUGGUUCUAGCUGCAACAAAUUUUCCAUGGGAUAUUGAUGAGGCACUGAGGCGGAGGCUGGAGAAGCGUAUUUAUAUCCCACUUCCAGAUUUCGAAAGCAGAAAGGCACUUAUCAACAUUAAUCUUAGAACAGUUCAGAUAGCUGCGGAUGUUAACAUCGAUGAGGUUGCUCGGAGGACAGAAGGCUAUAGUGGAGAUGACUUGACAAAUGUUUGCCGUGAUGCUUCAAUGAACGGUAUGCGGCGCAAGAUAGCAGGCAAAACCCGCGACGAGAUCAAGAACAUGUCAAAGGACGAUAUAGCCAAGGACCCAGUGGCCAUGUGCGACUUUGUGGAGGCUCUGGUGAAGGUCCAGAAGAGUGUCUCGCCUGCAGACAUAGAAAAGCACGAGAAGUGGAUGGCUGAGUUUGGAUCUGCCUGAGACCUCGGUCAUCUCCUUCAACAUUGGUUUCUGUGGUUGACACGACAAGUGUAUGUUGAUAUCCGCUGACCGCUGGUGCAUAGAUCAGAGGCACGAACUAUCUUGUAUAUUUUCAGGGAUACUACAAAUUAAGUUCACGAUUAUUUCAUUUCAAUCCCUGAUAUGUACAUUCUAGCUGUGAAACGUGUCUCAUCAAUUAGCCGUGGCAACCAUUGUCAGAUGUUGAUUGAA